AUGGGGCUACUGUGCUGCGCCGCCAAGUGCUGCGGCUGCAUGGCGCUCUCGCAGCUCUGCGCGCUGCUGCUGCCGCUGGGCAUCCUGGCCGCGCUCGCCCUGCUCUUCUACACGUACGCCAUCCCGUGGGGCGAGGACCAGAUCCGCCAGGCGCUCAACCUCGCGUCCGACGUGGACAUCGGCGACCUGAACGCCAGCUACGUCGAGGCCAACAGCUGCAGCGGCUGCGUCUUCGGCAGCAACACGCAGUGGCCCAUGAACACCACGGGCACGCGCCACUUCCUCGACUCGCAGGCGGGCAGCACGGCGUCGGGCGUCAUUGCCACGUCGCUGGCGGGCGCGGCCGUCAUCGGCGCAGGCUCCAUGCUCUGGGCCUCGGCCAUGCCCAGCGCCGCCGCGGCGCUCAGCUUCUCCGGCGGCUUCUACGAGAUGACGCACAUCGUGGACCAGGCGCAGUUCGCCGGCAUGAUCAGCCAGCUGCGUAUCGAGGGGGCCCCGACCUUCCUGCUGCAGUUCUCCAAGGAGCUGUCCUGGACCAAUUUCAACCUGAUCAAGAGCAGCAGCGACGCCUCGAGCGGCAGUGGCAGUGACGGUAGCGACGACGGCACGCGACGACUCGCGGACUCGAGCUCCAGUGCUACGGGCGUUUACGCUGCGGCGGGCGAGUCCGGACCCGCGCGCUACGCGGCUCUGAUCGGCGUGGACUCUGACGAUUUGUUCUUCUACACGCUCGUGACUUUCGUCGUGGUGGUUGCGGUGUUGCACGCGCUGUACUUGGUCGUCGUCGCGGUCGUGGGGUCUAUGUCAAAGAAGGAAUCGUUCGGGGACGUGGCUCGCAAAUGGUACAGGAAGGUCAUCUGGGCCAGCGUGCUCGCUCUGCUGUUGGCGCAGUACAUGUUUGCAAUGGCGGGGAGCUUCUUUAUCUCUCAGGGCUCGUCCAAUGCCUCGGCGAACGGCUCUAGCUCGCGCUUCGCGUUGGGCAUCGUGGCCCUCGCAGCGGUUGUGCUCUUGGCGGUUGGACUGGGAAUUAUUGUUGUCGGCAACAACACGGACGAGCUCAAGGACGUUGGCACCUAUGAACACGACCAACGAGCCUUCAGCAGCAAGUACAGCGCGUACUACGAUGAGUACAACUUCGACAACCGCUUCUUCUUCGUGCCACGCAUUCUGCUGGCAAUUAUGACUGGUGCAGUCGUCGGCAUUGUUCGGGACGCUACCACUCAGCUGCUUUGCAUCCUGGCUAUUACGAUGCUGUACCUGAUCUUGCUGCUGAUCCGCCAGCCCAACUUGCUGCGGUUCCUGUACUACAUCGGCAUUGCGUCGGUGUUCUUGAAGGUCGUGCUCAUUUGCCUCAUGCUCAUCGUGGCAAGGGAUGACUACUUCCCGCAGUCCGUGCGUGACAACGUUGCCUACGGCAUCAUCGGCGUGAACAUGUUCAUCUUUUUCCUGCUGUUCGUGCGUCAAGCCUACACGAUCAUCCACAAGCUGGUCGUUUCCUGCCGUCACAAGAAGAACGGCAAGGAUAACACCGGUCUGGACGCCACCGACAUCAACCUGGAGUUUGGCAACAGCAAUGGCCGCAAUUACGAGCAGGUGGAAUCGACACCAGCAGGGAAUGGCGUGGACUGCACGAUGUCCGGCUACAGUACCACGCAGAGCUCGCGUAGCGGCUACUCCGAUCACAUGCCGAUGCUGGAGCCAACACCAGAACCUACUCCAGCUUCCUCCCACUCGAGAGGAAACACCCGGGUCCCAGUUUCGCGCAACCAGAUGUACUCGUUUGGAGGCUCUAUGCGGAGUACCGACGCUUUCCAAGUCAACAACACGGCGCCAGCUCCUGCUCCUGAACCGGCUGCACCAAUUCCAACGUAUGACGUGCUGGCAGCCUACCUUGGUACCAACGAUACAGCCGAGCAGGCAGCGCACUCCACGUCGCCAAGGUCGGGGAGAGGUCAGUCAUCGAGAGUACAGCAUUUGUCGUCACGAGGCCAGCACCUGUCGUCACGAGGCCAGCACCUGUCGUCACGAGGCCAAAACUCUUCAGGAGACUUGACGGCAUCCAGAGGCCCACCGUCAUCGAGAGGUCAAUCGUCUAGAGGAGGAGCUGCAUUGUCGGGAUCUGGACUCGGCUCCCGUCCGUCGACGGUGCCACUUGACGCUUACGCAGGUAGUUUCUCGGGUACUGACUCCGGUAUCAGCAACUCGUCCUCGCGAAGGAGACACAAGGAUAUCGACAUCGACGACAUGGACGAUGAUAUCGUGGCUGCACCUCCGUCGUCAACUGCGCGUCAGCAGUUUGCUCCUGGAGCGUCGAUGAUGAGCAACAGCUUUGCCCCUGGAGCAUCGAGUGCCAGCUCGUGCGCCAUAAUGGAGCAGUCGUACGUCAACUUCUCGGACUCCAUGGUCUCCUCUGCGAGCAGUCAAAUGGGCAUGACCCAGGCCUCCAUCAAGCCUGACAACACGUUCUCGGCUGCAAUGGGCAACCAGCAGCCGACUCGCGCCGGUGGCUACGGCAGCAGUCCUCAAGGCAAGAUGUCGAUGUUCUCCAACGAUUCGGAGAACAGCUUCGACGGUGACAGCAGCGGCUGGUUCAAGGCGCGAUCGAAGACGGUGGUCAGCGUGGACAGCAGCGACACGAACGACUCGGAGAGUCAGAGCUACGAGCUCGGCCCUCUCGGCGUGACCACGUCCGCCUUCUCGGCUCGCGACUCGGUGGACUCGUACGGCUACCACUCGACGGCCAACUUCGCGUCAUCUCGAGUGGAUUUCAAUGCCCGAAGCCAGAUCACCGACAACGGGAGCGACGACGGCAGGUACUACCCGAGCCGCCGACGAGGAACAGGCUCGUCCAACCAGUCCUCGAACCAGUCGUUCCUAAGCGCCCAGUCCGACGACAGCAUGGGCGUCGACGGUGAGAAGGUCCGCUACAACGACCACAACACCCUGACGCUGUAA